CAGGGGGACAGUGCGAGGUAAUGGCUAAUGAGAUACAUGCAAAGGCGUUCAAACGAGGAUACAAGUAUGAUGUAAACGUCGUCGAUGGCAGCGUUGGUGAAUGUGAGGAAUGUUGAAUGCUACGAGUCGAUAUCAGAUGUGGCGAGGAUGCGGCUUCAGCAGCAGGUGAAAGUGUCCUGCGCGUAGGACACACUGCUGAACAUCGAAGAGCCGCGGAAGCGGUCCGAUAUCCGCAGUGACGCGCCGGGCCCCGUCUCUCUCGAUCUCCCAGCCCCAUCAAUGGCGAGCACACAAGCACGAGGAACGGUGACAGGCACAGAGUUCAUUGGACCAGCCUCGUACUACACACGGAGGGUGACGGACUUCGUCGACGGAAAGGAUUCCGCGGCCAGUUAUCCGAACAAAGGUAUCAGGGGACGCAUGACCAGGACAUCGGUAGCGAAAGAUCGACCUAGAGGAUAGAUCGGUGACCCUCUGAUCUGAGCGCCUGGGGCAGAAGUGGAUGGAUCUCCAGCUCAGUACAGUUUUCCGGAGGAGAUUGUGCAAGCGAUCGAGACGCCUUUCAGGAAGACACGAACACGCAAGUCUGGAUCGCUGUCUCCGAAGCCUUGUGUAUGGGCCGCAAAGUAUGCGGUCGGGUGUGAAUGUGAACGAGCAUUCUAGUGAGCAUAGAUGGUGAUAUCGUUAUCGACGGUAUCAACUGGUGUGAGGGGUGGGCCCAAGGGACAAGUGACCGGUAUAAGGUCUGGGCGGCAGGAGCGUGCACCCCGCCUAGGGCGCAAGUCUUCCAGGGUACCAGCCAC